AUGGCUACAGACCUGGCAUUUUCCAAUGGUCAUGGGCAUCCCCAGGGCUGCCUGGGCUGGGAGCUGCCACCAGCCAGACCACCUCAGGGAAACCUCAUUGAAGGACAGCACUGGGACUCAGAGAGGGGGCACGUGCUCUUCAGAGUCUUCCAACACCCAGAGGACGCGGACCCCCUCCAGAGCGUGCACACAAUGUCUGCGCUGCUCCAUCGCUGGCUCAGGCCGGAUGUGCUCACCAAGAAGCAGAUCUUGGAUAAGCUUCUGCUGGAGAAGUUCAUGACCUGCAUGCCCCUGGAGCUGCAGGUCUUGGUGAAGGAGAGGCGCGUGCAGAGCUGCGAGGAACUGAAGGCCUUGCUGAGAAAUAAGGAGAAACCCAGGAAUUGGAAGGUCAUCAUCUUCCAAGGGCAAAAGUACCUUCAGGAGAAUUCCGAUGUCCAGAUGGCUGAUGAGGAAGUUGGUGACACAGACUACGUGUUGGACUUGUCCAUAAAGUCCCAAUCCCCCAUAAGUCAGAUGGGGGUACAUCCUGAGAACAGCCAGGAGGUCAGUGGAGAGCCAGGGAACCAGCCAGGAACCAAUGACGAGGUGUGGGGACAAGGGCAGAAUGUCUUCCUGUCCGAGACGAUUCCCACGAAAAGUGAUCUGGAGGGUGUGAGGCCCACGGAGAAUUUGGUGAAGUCGGAGAAGGAUGUGCUGGAAGACAGGGCAGAGGCAGCAGUACUCACAUCUCCAAAGCUUCCGCUUCCCAGCGGUCCUGGAGAUUCGGUGCAGGCAGAGGGGGAGCAGGACCCGCAGGAAGGAACUGGCCUGGAGCGUGUGGAUGCCUGUGACGUACCUCCCACCCAUGUUCCGGAGACACAGGCUCUGAGUCAGCCUCCAAAGCGAAGAGGUUCUGGGAAUUUAGGAGGUGCCCCCAAGAGAAAAAGGGGCAACGCUUCCACCCCCCAAGGGGAGCCUCAAGAAGGAGCCGUGUUGUUGGACAGAGAAGUCACCAGAGGGCACCAGUGCAAUUCAGUGGGUGCAUCAAGCACCGUGGAGCAAACUGGUCACCCUGUUGGGAAAAAACCCAGGAGAAAGAUACCAUACGAGUGUCAAGACUGUAGCAAAAGGUUCAGCUACAAAUCACAGUUAGAACUUCACCUGAGGACACACACAGGAGAGAGACCCUUCCAGUGCCUUGACUGUCCCAAGAGGUUCAUUCAAGCCUCAGACCUCCACGUCCACCAGCGGAUCCACACGGGUCAGAAGCCGUUCUGCUGUAAAGUCUGCCAGAAGAGAUUCACGCACGAGUCCACGCUGCGUGGCCACCAGCGGGUCCACACCCAGGAGAAGCCUUACCAGUGCUCCGUCUGCCAGAAAAAGUUCGGCCACCGUGGAAACCUCAACGUCCACAUGCGCACCCACUCGGGCCUGAGACCCUACCCGUGUCCCCAUUGCCACCUGGCCUUCCGCCAACUGGGGGCAUUUAAAGGCCACCAAAGGACACAUGUCAAGGAGGCGCCCCAGGGGCCCCAGGUCCCUUCUGACCAAGAAAGAAACUAA